AUGCCGAUAUUAUGGGAAGUCUUUGCUGCCAUUCUUGGCUCCAGCAGCUCAGACUUGCCGCAUUUCCCAGGAUGGCAGGGAACUAGUGAAGUUGAAAGUGGUCCGGGGCAUGGGUGCCAGUUCGCAGUCCCUGUGCUGCGUGCUGCGUGCCAUGCUGCCCACGAGCAGGAGUUGUUGACGGGCCAAAGCAGUGGGAUGGCCCGGCUUCCUUCCCAGGGCAAGAAAGUGGCAGCAGCUGCCGCACGGGGAGCCGGCCCGGUCUCCAAACUACAGCGGGUGAAGGUGAGCAAAGCAGCCGCUCUUGUAGCACCGGCGUGCCCGCCAGGCUGUGCUGUGGUGUCAGCGGAUCUUCUUCAUCAUCUUCAGCAAGAGGUUGGAACAAAGGCAACAGCGCCGCAUGCGCCGAAAUACGAAGCUCGCCACGAGCUGAAUAGCCGGCCUGAGCCCAGCAAGGCACAAGCUCGUCCAAAGCGCCAGAAGGACCCAGGCAGCCAAGAGGUCCUGCCCUUGAAAGCCGCAGCCGUCCUCAAUGAUGAGGUUCCACCACCACCGGGCGCCCGCCAUGCCGGUGUUGGCACUGUGCAGGCUGUGGAGGAGGGCACGCAGACGUCCUUUGAGGAGAACAAGGCGGGCGCACCACCUCCCCGACCGCAAGCUGUGCCACAAGCUGGACCGCUGCCCACUUCGGCUCGAGAGGGCCUCGAGAUGCGACCGACCUUGAAUGUAAACAGACACCGUGUGGACGGCGUGACUGAGGCCACUCCCUUGCAGCAUGAUGGUAUGCUGGCGCCUCGCCAGGCGGCGGUGGCCGCACCGGCAGCAGUAGCUCAGCCUCAGCCAGUGGAGACUUCGCAAAACUAUGGACGGUGCGAUCCUUUCCACUUGGACAGGAUUACCGCCGAGAAAGAACGUGAUCGAAAGAGGGUCCAGGCCCAGAUGCUCGCGGAGCAGAUUCAGCUUGUAACUUUGUGGAUGGCGCCGACGCUUUGCCAUGGAUGGAAACUGCUGGGACUUCAAGGAAGGCCCCGUGCGCUGCACCGACUGCGGUCGAGCCUGGCCAGCCCGCAGCAAGGGCGUAUCUCUCAGCAUGGCGCCCGAGUGCUUUUGGAGCCGGGCGGAGACUGGUUUUUCAGGCAUCAGAAGCACAGGUUCGACACUGAAAGCGAGCAAGCGACGAACUUUGCCAUUGCAGUGUGGAAGUCGCUGAAAGCGUGGCUAGGUGUCUCUUUCAGGGAACCACAACCGGGCACAAAGCAGUUCGAGGUGAAGGCUCCGAACACAGUCAUCAUCAUAACACCCAAUAUCUUCAAGAACGACGUCGUCAGGGAAGCGUAUGAGGCAGCAGCCACGACGAAGAAAAAUGUGGUCUUUCUUCACCACAUAGCGUCUGGCUGCAACCUCAACGAGGAGGCUGAGCAGGCGCCCGAGGAGUUGAAGAAGUCCGUGGACAAGAUUUUCAAAGACAAGAGAUAUGUGAUCUAUACCGAGGAUCUCAGCGAAGAGUGCAAUGACAUGCUCAUGGAGAAACUGAAUCUGCGAAAUGCAGACGAGAUGAAGGCUGCCUACGAAAAGCGCGCCUUUCGCCGCAACAUUGAUAUCAUGAAGUACAGCGCCAAAGUUGCCAAGGCACGCACACAAGCGGGAGUCAAGCGAAAGUAUGACCUCUGCAUCACAGCAGCCAAUGUUGAGCAUAGCCCCGAUGGCAUGCCCGUGGUUGACCGCUUGUUCACGACAAUGUCAAAGCUGGCACCGGCGCUCACCAUCGGCCGAAACUACGGUGACAAGGUUUCCAAUGCCGAUGUGAGACAUUCCUUCAACAUUGUCGUUGUCCUGACCAAGGACGCUCUCACCUGCCCAGACUUGAUGGGCGAGCUCAAGUCUGCUCUGGAAGCUGAAGCGAGCAUCCUCAUAGUCCACGAUCUCUUGAGUUGUCCAGACCUCAAGGCCGAGAUCGAGAAAUGCGAGGACAAGGUGGUCGCAUCAAGCUUGAUGCGCUCUGCGAGAUUCGUCUACAUGUCAGAGGUCGUCACCAGCGUCGUGCUUGGAAUCUUGUCGCCCGGCACGAUCAAGACGGACGAUGCAAAGUCCCCGCGAACAAAGCAGGCAUUGUCCUCCGGAGGUGGGAAGCAAUUCCGGCUGGAGUACAAGAACUGCUUCGCCCUGGACCUGGCCAAAGAUGGUACGGGACAGGUUUACAACACCAAGUUCAGCGACAAGAAAAAAGACUUGCCCGGCGACAUCGACUCGGCCAUCAAAGCCCUGUUCGAGUUGUAUGAUCCGGCCAAGAAGGGAAGCAUUGGCUGGCCGCAGUUUGCGGAAGUCGAUCGCAUCGUGACGGAAUGCUUGGGUGGCCAGUACGAGGAGAUGAUCUCUCGCAGAGCCUUCUCAAUGAUGAACUAUCCAGGGCUCACCCUGGAGUCGGAGAUCUCCUUCACGACCUUCCACAACUACCAUGCCUUCGUUGCGAAGCAGAUGGGUGCGUUGGAAGGUGACAGAGAUUCCAGCAUGCACUACAAGUACAUUGUGGACAAGGUAAAGAACUCCAAAAAGGGCAAGCGCUUCUUGAAGCUCUUCGACCUGUACAUCGUCCAUGAUGAAAGCAAAGAGUCCAUUGCCUUCGCCAAAGCGCUCAAGGUGUCCAUCAAAGAUCACACGCCCAAUGUUCGCACUGCCGUCUGCAACGAGAAGGUUCCAGGAAAGGAGGAUAUGCAGCGCACGCAGAUUGCCGCGCAAAGUCUGAACGUUCUCAUUCUGCUCCAGGAAGACUGCCUACUAAAGGAGGAAGUGGCCAAAGAUGUCGUUGCUGGAGCAAACGAGGGCGCCCAAAUCCUGGUGUUGGUGAACAUGGAGAACAGCCCGAUCCUGGAGAAGGAAAGAAAGAAGGCGACUCCAGAGGUCCAGACGGCCAUGUCAAGGCCUCCCGUGGUGGAGUACUGGAAGGGCAGCGACCAGGCCUGCUGCGUCAAGCUUCUAGACCUGAUGUCCUUUCCCAUCGAUGCGAACGCGAAGCGGCCACUGCCGAACAAGAAAGCGACCUUCCGGCAGAAAGAAAAUCCGGUGGUGCUUUUCCUGUACCAGCAGUGCGAGGAGGAUGCGGUCGCUUCUCAGGCCAUGACCGCCUUAGCAAACUUGGUCAGUCCAAUCAGCAAAAGUGGUGACUUGACCAGGGCCGAGUUUCUGCGAGAUGGAGGCUGCGAUGUUCUCCAGGAGCGUUUCUCCUCGUUCCUCUCAGUCGCCGCUGUCGCAGAACCUGCUGCACGAUGUGUGGCGAACUUGGCAAUGUACCCGCCUUGUGCCCGAAGGAUGGCCGAACUGGGUACCGUCAAGACCCUCAUCGAAGCAAUGCAGGCCCAUGUGGACUCGCCCAACCUGCAGGGCGAUGCAUGCUGCGCGAUUGUCAACAUUGCCCAAGAUGACGUUGGCAAGAAGAAAGUCAACGAGCUAGGUGGUUUCCAGCAAAUGCUGCAAUCGCAGAAGAGGUUUGAGUACAAUGCUGAUUUCUGGGAGAUGCGCUGGGGCAUGAAGGAGCUUGCGGAAGGGGACACUGUCAUGGUCAAUUACCACGGCAAGGGACGCUGGGUCACAGGAACCAUCACGCGAGUCAACAAGGGCAACGGCGCUUAUGAUGUUGAUUACAUGCACGGUGGCAACGACCGCAAGGUGCCCACGAACUUGGUCCGACCCAAAGACAAGUCAGACAUGAUCGACGAGUUCGUAGCCGUUUGGCAGUGGAAGCCGGAGGGCAAGCUGACGGAAGACGAGCUUACUCUGAAGGCCGACGGCUUCCUCUUCCUGAAACGAGAAGGCCAGGCUGCUGCGGGAACCUGGAACGUUGCGGAGCCCAAGGGCGGAGGCCGGAACUUGGUGAAGAUCAAGCUCUCCGUGGAGCCUUUCUCGUCCAUUGAAAUGGAACGAAUCUCCUUGACGACUCUUCGCUCGACAAGUGGGCCGCAGAGGGCAGUCCUCAAGGACUCUUUGGACGACUGCCUCUACGUGGAGUACUUCGAGUUCCCUGAGGGCCUGGCCGAUUUCAAGAAGCCGCCUCCCCUCCUCGGCCGGAAACCCGACAUCUCCCGGUCGGAGCAGCAGAUCGAUUGGGUCAAGACCGACGCGCCGUGGACGGGGCUGCCGGCCAACUUCAACACAAACUUUGCUGCAAGGUGGAAGGGCGUCGUCGAAAUCACCAAGAUGGGUGACUACCAGCUGAAGCUGGAAGCUUGCACCAGCUCCGUCUUGAGGCUCAACGACAAAGUGGUAAUCGAUGGGUCUGGAGAGUGGCAGGGGAAGCUCUUGGGAGGCCCCAAUCGAAUCACAAUGGAUUUCUUCUCGAACGAGGCUUCCAAGUUCGUCCAGCUGUCGUACUGCGGGCCAGACACGGGAGACGAAUGGACCAUUAUGCCCGUGGCGGUGCUACAGCACGAUUUGGAAUCGUGCCAGGUUGUCCCAAAGCCAGGUUUCAUCGCAGAGUACUUCCCCGAGGCCUACGAGGAUCGCGCCAUCCCAGGUGGCAUUGACCCAGACAUUGUUCGAACGGAGAAGCAGCUUGACUUCGAGGAGGUGGACAGUAAUUGGCAAGGCCUGCCGAAGCGUUAUGCCGGGCCUUUCACAGCCCGCUUCACAACAUACAUCAAUGUCACCUGUGGCGAUGCCAAGAAGGCCAAGUAUCAGUUCAUGCUGGAAUCCGGAGAGAAGGCGAUCCUGUACAUCAACGACAAACAGGUGUCCACGGAGGACAAGCCUGUGGACAUCGAACUGAAGAGAGGUCAGCACCUGGUUCGUGUUGAGUACUUCUGCAACACGAAAGAGACGCACGGCUUAAAGCUCUUCUACCGCGGACCCGAAACGAUGCCAAAAGUGGAGGACGGAGAGGAGAUGCCCGAGGGUGCUGGCAAGAUCCUCGUCCCACCCACAGCCACAUGCUACUAUGCGCUGCCAUCCUGCGCUCAGCCGAAGGGAGAGCCGCUCAUGAAGCACGACAAGGCUGUUCACACGGUGCUCUGGUCAGAAGACGAUUCUCGCAUUGCAUCGGUGGGCGGUGCUGGCAAGAUUCACUUCUGGGACCCACCGACAGGACGGUACGUGGACAGUACCGAUGUCGGUGGUAAGAUCACGACAGCAGCUGGUGGCAAGGACAAGAUCGCUUUGGCUAUGGAUGACGAUGAUCGGGCCAUCAAGAUCAUCGACUUUGCCGAGAAGAAGGAGAUUCGAGUCCUGAAGCACGUGCCAACAGAUGUGCCAGACGAGGAGCCAGAAGAGCCGGAGCUCGACGAGAAUGGCGAGGAGAUUCCACGCCCGGAGCCACCCAAGAAGCUCGGUCCCCACGAAGGCCCGGUCCGCAUUAUUUGCUUCAGCCGCGAUGGCAAAUUCCUUGCCUCUGGCAGCGAGGACGGUGUGGUGAAGCUGUGGGAUAUGGCAUCGGGUGCGGAGCUCAUGACAAAGGCCAUCGUCCAAACCACAAAGGAGCACGGCGAAACACCCGUAGCCGUCCACGCAGCAGGGUUCUGCGGCGAUGGUACCAGGCUGCUUGUGGGCAGCAAUGAGAAGCACCUGCGCAUCUACAACACCGCGACCCGCGACGAGCUGCGUGGUCCAAAGAAGCUCCUCCCGAAGCCCGCCGAGCCGGAGGAGGGUUGGACCGAGGAGAACCCUGAGCCGGAAGAUGAGUACGAGGAGGGUGACCCAAUCUUCGUGGCCUGCCACAAAGCACCGGUGGUGUGUCUCUCCUUCUCACCACUGGAUGCCAACCGCCUUGCGACGUGCAGCACGGAUGCGACCAUCCGGAUCUGGGAUCUCAUCAACAGUGAGUUUGAUGCCGAGCUCAAGCAGGUCAUAGAUCCAAUCCAGUGCUUAUCUGGCUUCGUGACCUGGUCCCCGGAUGCUACCUCGCUGGUGUCGUCGUCAGAGGACAUUUAUGUUGGACUCUUCUCAGCAGUCAGUGGCCAGCGCCGAGCAGAUCCCCUUCAGGGCCAUUUGGCAAGUGUGCGGUAUGCUGCCUGGGCUCCGUGCUCGCAAGCCUUCGUCACAUGCUCGGACGACCACACCGUGCGCUUGUGGCACUUCUUGGUCAAUAGGAACAUUACCGAGAUUGCCGUGCUGGAAGGUGAGCAAAUGGAGUUCAAUGAUGACAUGCGAAAGUGGAACGAAAGCUUGCACAAGAUUCGAAACGAGUUCAAGGACUACAGCAAGGGCCUGUCGGACUACGAGACUGAAGUCUACAGCUUGAAGAAGCACCUGGAUGAGGCCUUGAACAGGACGAAGUCCUACGUGUCCCGAGAGCAACUUCUUGGCCUGGAAGUGACGGACUACUACGAGCUCGACGGUAUGAUCGACGACUUCAACCCGUACUAUCUACUUUGGAGCACCGUCAUCGAGUUCCAACGUUCAGACAAGAAGUGGACGACGGAGCCCAUCGCAACUCACAACUCGACGGUUGUGGAGAACACCAUCGAUGGCUGGUACAAGCUGGUCUACAAGAUGAUCAAGGACUUCGACAACGACAACAUGAGGGCUGCGCAGAAGAUCGCCAAAGAGUUGCGUCAAGGCCUCGAGGAGUUCAAGGGCCGCUUUCCUUUCCUGCGCUGCUUCGCGAACGAGUCAGUUCUGGACCGACACUGGAAAGAGAUGUUCGAGCGUAUGGGCGACGCGGCUCCUCCUCCAGCCCUUUACGGCAAUGACUACCACAAGGUGACACUGAAAAUGAUGUUGGACUACAACAUCAACGAGUUCACGAAUGACUUCGAGGAACUGUCAACUGCAGCAGCAAAGCAGCAUGGUCUCAAGAAGGCCAUGGCCAACAUGAAGAUCGAGUGGGAGCCUCUCGCGUUCGCGACAGCUGAACGCAAUGGAGUGCCGUUGCUUCGCGGCAUCGACGAAAUUCAGACGGUCCUUGACGACCACAUUUCCAAGACCCAGGCUAUCCGAAGCAGUCCCUUCUGCAAGCCCUUCGAGGCAGAGGUCCACGAGUGGGAGCACACACUGAUGUAUAUCCAGGAUUUCAUCGACCAGGUGAUCGCCCUGCAGAGGAGCUGGAUGGCACUCGAACCGAUUUUCGCGUCGGACGACAUCAAGCGUCAGCUGCCGCAGGAAUCCGAGUCCUUCGCUCGGAUUGAUAGCAACUUCCGCAUGCGCAUGGCGCAAGUUGACUCCAACAAGAACUGCAUCGCCAUUUCCAAGAUUGAGAACAUUGUGGAGGACAUGACAGAGGCCAACGUCACGAUUGAGAAGGUUCAGAAAGGCCUCAAGGACUACUUGGAGACAAAGAGGUUGUACUUCCCACGCUUCUUCUUCUUGAACGAUGCUGACCUGCUGUCGAUUCUGGCGGAGACCAAGGAUCCCACCCUGGUGCAGCCUCACUUGAACAAGGCCUUUGAGGGCAUCGCCAAGGUCCGUUUCGACUCCAAGAACGAAAUUAUUGAAGCGAUGACUUCUGGAGAGGGCGAGACUGUUGACUUCACCAACAAAAUCGAUGUCAUGAAGCCUGGAAACGCUGGUGCAGUGGAGUGCUGGCUCGUGGAGGUGGAAGAGUCUAUGAUGGACAUCCUCCGUGAGGUCACUGACAAGUCGAAUAAGGCAUACCCAACAGCAGACCGAGUGAAGUGGUGCUGCGAGUGGCCUGGCCAGGUUGUCCUGGCAACGGAUAUGAUCUUUUGGACAUCCGAAGUCACCGAUGCAUUGAAAAAGGGGGCAAUUGCAGAAUAUGAGAAGAAGCUCUUCAAACAGCUGGAGGACAUCGUGGUUCUGGUUCGAGGAGAGAUGACCAAACUCAAUCGCGUAACCGUGGGUGCCAUGGUGACGCUGGAUGUCCAUGCGCGAGACGAGGUGACGAACCUCGUGCAAAAGCGUGUGGACUCUCCAGACGACUUCGCAUGGCUGUCACAGCUACGAUAUUAUUGGCAGGACAAGAACUCGUUCGUCAGAAACGACACGGGUAAGGAGAAUGACAAGAUGGAGUGCAAGGUCUCCAUUGUAAACUCCACUCUGCUGUAUGGCUUCGAGUACUUGGGCAAUUCGCCUCGUCUUGUCAUCACCCCGCUCACAGACAGAUGCUACCGAACCUUGAUGGGUGCCUUUGCGCUGUACUAUGGCGGAGCGCCCGAGGGGCCUGCGGGGACAGGAAAGACUGAGAGUACCAAAGACUUGGCGAAGGCAUUGGCCAUCCAGUGCGUGGUCUUCAACUGCAGCGACUCCAUGGACUACCUGCAGCUGGCCAAGUUCUUCAAAGGCCUCGCUUCCAGUGGCUCCUGGUGUUGCUUCGACGAGUUCAACCGGAUCUCGCUCGAGGUGCUGUCCGUGGUUGCUCAGCAGAUCCAGCAGAUCUCCCUUGCGAUCAAGCGCCGAGUGGAGAAGUUCGUCUUCGAGGAGACGGAGAUCAAGCUGGUGCCCACUUGCGCAGUGAACAUCACCAUGAAUCCUGGCUAUGCUGGUCGAUCUGAGCUUCCAGACAACCUGAAAGCACUCUUCCGACCUUGCGCCAUGAUGGUGCCCAACUACGCUCUGAUUGCAGAGAUUCGCUUGUACUCCUUUGGCUACUCGGAUGCCAAAGUCAUCGGCACCAAAGCCACCAUGGCCUUGAAGCUGUCCUCAGAACAGCUGUCUCCACAGCGCCACUACGAUUUCGGCAUGCGCGGUCUGAAUGCUCUGCUGGUGGCCGGCGGCAAUGGCAAGCGAACCUACGGCGACAAGUACCCCGAGGAUGUCAUCGCCUUGCGAUCAUUCACAGAUGUCAACCUGCCGAAGUUCACCACCGCAGACUUGCCCCUGUUCAAGGGUAUCAUUGGUGACUUGUUCCCAGGAGUAGAGCUUCCACCGAGCAAUGCUGGAAAGCUCAUGGCCACGAUCGACAUGAUUGCUGAGAAGAGGGGACUGCAGCCGACCAAGCCAUUCACCACAAAGGUCGUCCAGCUCUGGGAGACCGUUCUGGUUAGGCACGGUCUGAUGACAGUCGGAAUUCCACCGUGCGGCAAGACUAACGUGAAGAAUGUGCUGGCAGAGACCUUGGGUGAAUUGGCAGAUGGAGAAGAAAUGAUGCCUGUGACUCAGUAUGUCAUGAACCCCAAAUCAAUUACUCAAGGGCAGCUUUACGGCGAGAGCGACUUGAACACGCAGGAAUGGACAGAUGGAGUGCUGGCAAUCGCAGUGCGCGAGGCCAUGAAGGCAUUCGGCGAUGGUCGUCGUCAGUGGGUCGUGCUAGAUGGGCCGGUCGAUGCCAUCUGGAUCGAGAACAUGAACACCGUGCUUGACGACAACAAGAAGCUGUGCCUGAACAGUGGCGAGAUCAUUAAGUUGUCGACUGUGACUACGAUGUUGUUCGAGGUUAGGGACUUGGACUAUGCCUCGCCAGCAACUGUGUCCCGUGUGGGCAUCGUGUUCCUGGAGCCUGACACCGACUUGGGCUGGAAGCCGAUCGUGGACUCGUGGCUGCUCACCUUGCCUGACUAUAUCAAGGAGGAGCAUAGAGAUCAGAUUUUCUCGCUGUUCAACAACUACUUCGAAGUGCUUCUCGAGUGCACACAUCGUGUGCGCACUCCUUUUGCAGUAUCUGACGGGUGGCUCUGCUGCAUGGCGACGAGGAUGAUGGAUGCUUUGAUCUCAGAUCAAACGGAAGGCUUCUGCAAGCCAGAAGUGAAGGUCCCCGAGGGUGAGGAGCCAGAUGACGACAUGGACAUGGGGCAGAACUUCAUGGACCGAGAGAUCAUGAUCUUCCAGCUUUUCUGGUUCACCAUGACAUGGACUUGCGGCGCAUGCACCGAUGCAGAUGGCCGUCUGUUCGUGUGCGACAUCAUCCGCCAGUGCAUGGAUAACAAGAAAGACUUGCUGCAGAAGUUCAACUUCGUUGCUGACUUUGCAAAGGUCGACAUCACUGGUGGUGGCAGCAUGCCAUCCGCACCUCGAAAAGGGCUGCUCCAUGAUUCCUUCAUCGAUCCCGUCGACGGGGCGAAAUGGAAGCCGUGGACAGAGCGCAUUGAGGGCUUCGACAUUCCCAAGGACACGCCAUACCACACAAUUGUCGUUCCUACAUCGGACACGUGCCGAAAUCAGUUCCUGAUCCGGACGCUCAUUGAGAGGGGCUACAACAUCCUCAUCAGCGGACCGACAGGAACUGCAAAGACGGCGUCCAUCCAGGGCAUGUUGCUCCAAGGAUUCAGUCCAGACAGCUACGCGACCAACUCCUUUGCAUUCUCUGCUCAGACGACAGCUAAUCAGACGCAGGACGUCAUCGAUGGCAAGCUGGACAAGCGCAAGAAGGGUACAUUCGGGCCACCGCCAAACAAGAAGAUGUUGGUCUUUAUCGAUGACUUGAACAUGCCCUUCAAGGAGGAAUAUGGUGCGCAGCCUCCAAUUGAGAUUCUCCGCCAGAUGUUCAUUCUCACGCCCUUUGGAUACGGCUGGUAUGACCGCAAGGGAUGGGAGUUCCGACAGCUGAUUGACAUUCACAUGCUAGCCGCCAUGUGCCCACCAGGCGGAGGCAAGAAUGACAUCACAGACCGAUACUCCCGAUGGUUCAACUUGCUGUUUGUCACGCCGUUUGAUGAGGAGAGUUUGAGCCGAAUCUUCGUCACGGUGGUCAACAAGUUCAUGAGCGUCAUGGCACGUGAUGUCCUGGCAGCAGCCGCGGGUGCAGUCACUGCGACGCUCGAGGUUUAUACCACGGUGCUGAAGGAGUUGUUGCCUACACCUGCCAAGUCGCACUACACCUUCAACAUGCGAGAUGUGUCCAAGGUUUUCCAGGGGAUUUGCCAGUGUUCGCGUGAAUCGCUGCCCAAGGUAGAUGAUCUUGCCAAGUGCUGGCUGCACGAAUGUGAGCGUGUAUUCAAGGAUCGCCUGACCACAAAGCAGGACAUGAACUGGUUCACCAACCUGUGCAAGCGCAACAUGGACAAGCACUUGAAGCGCCCGUAUGAUCAGGCCGUGAAGCUGGAGCCCGUGAUCUUUGCAGACUUCUGUGACCCCAAGUCGUCUGCAUAUGUUGAGCUUCAAGAUCACGAGAAGCUGUCUGCAAAAGUGCAGGAGUGCUUAGACGAUUACAACUCGGUCAGCAAGAUUCGAAUGGAGCUUGUGCUGUUCAUGAGCUUCAUCCAGCACAUUUGCCGGGUGAUUCGAGUGCUGAGACUUCCGCUGGGCAAUGCACUGCUGGUGGGCGUCGGCGGUAGUGGACGUAAAGCCACAACUACGCUGGCAACUUACGUUGCGCAGUAUGAGCUUUUCCAGAUCGAGAUGUCCAAGGGCUACGGCAUGAACGAGUGGCAUGACGAUAUGAAGCGCAUGCUCAUGAAGAGUGGCUCCCAAGACACGAAAACAACAUUCCUGUUCUCUGACACUCAGAUUGCAAAGGAGGCCUUCCUAGAGGAGGUGUCUUCAAUUCUGAACACGGGCGAGGUGCCGAAUCUGUACGCGAACGAGGACCGUUUGGAGAUUACCGAGAAGUGCAGCAAAGGUGCGAAUGCAGUUGGCAAGAACACGCCUGCAGAGAUUUUCGGAUGGUAUGUUGAAGAGUGCCGGAAGAACUUGCACAUCGUGAUCUGCAUGUCUCCGAUUGGGGCUGCUUUCCGAAACAGGUUGCGAAGCUUCCCCAGCUUGGUGAAUUGCUGCACCAUCGAUUGGUUCCACGAGUGGCCGGCGGAUGCCCUCUCUGCGGUGGCGAAUCAGUUUUUGUCCAAGGACAAGGACCUGGAGUUCGAUGAUACCAUCCGAACGAACGUGACCAAGAUCAUGGUGCAAGCUCAGCAGUCCGUCUUCAGCCUGUCAGAGAAGUUCCUCUUGGAAGCCAAGCGCCACUUCUACGUCACACCGACCUCCUACCUGGAGUUGAUCAGCUCUUUCAUCUCCACUUUGAAGAGUAGACGUCAGAUCGUGCAGAAGGCCAAGUGGCGUUAUGACACUGGGCUGGAUAAGAUCAACGACGCCAAGGAGCAAGUAUCCGCUCUUCAGAUCGAGCUGAACGAUUUGGAGCCUGUCCUGGAGAAGGCCGCCCAAGAAACAGGCGAGAUGCGCGAGCGAGUGGAAGCGCAGCAGGCAGGUGCGGUCGAAAAGAAGGCUGUGGUCGAAGAAGAGGAAGCCAAGGCCAACGCACAGAAGGCCAAUGCUGCGGCAAUCAAAGCCGAUUGCGAGAAAGACCUGGCUGCGGCCCUGCCAGCUUACGAAGCUGCCCUGGAGGCAUUGAGCAAGUUGUCAAAGGGCGAUGUCGGAGAGGUCCGAGGUAUGAAGACCCCUCCAGCUGGCGUGGUGCUGACAGCGCAAGCUAUGUGCAUCAUGUUCGAGGUGAAGCCUGUGAAGGUGGCUGCGGCGGAUGGCAAGGGCAAAGUGGACGACUACUGGGAGGCCGCCAAGAAGGAGCUCUUGGUUGACCCGUCACUGAUCAACCGUAUGGUCCACUAUGACAAGGACAACAUUCCGGAUGCUGUUAUCAACAAGGUGAAGCCUUUGUACGAUGAUCCAGAGUUCGAGCCGGACAAGAUCAAGAAAGGCUCUCUUGCUGCCAUGGGUAUCUGCAAGUGGGUCCGAGCAAUGGUGGUGUAUGACAAAGUCGCGAAAGAGGUGGGCCCCAAGCGACAAAAGUUGGCAGGGGCCGAGGCCGAAGUGGCAGAAGCAGAAGCCACAGUUGCGGCAAAGCAGGCUGAGUUGAAAGAAGUCAUGGACAUGGUGGCGGAUCUUGAGGCCCAGCUUCAUGAAGCCAACGAGAAGGCCAAAGAGUUGUCGAGAAAUCAGAAGGAUUGUGCUGCCAAGCUGGCCCGUGCAGAGAAGCUGAUCGACGGACUGGGAGGCGAACAGGCAAGCUGGACUUCAAAGAGCAAGAAGUUGGGUCUCGACUACAACAACCUGACUGGUGAUAUCCUGAUUGCUUCGGGAAUCCUUGCAUACUUGGGAGUGUUUACAAGCCAGUACCGAAAAGAAGCCUGCGAUGGAUGGUUGCAGAAGCUGUCCGACUUGAAAAUCCCAGCCAGCAAGGAGUUCAGCUUGCAGAAGUGCAUUGGAGAUGAGGUAAAGAUCCGUCAGUGGGUUAUCGACUACCUGCCGAAUGACUCGUUGUCUAUCGACAAUGCCAUCAUCUUGGACAACUCGCGCAGGUGGCCGCUAAUGAUCGAUCCGCAGAUGCAAGCCAACAAGUGGACGAAGAAGAGCAAUCCUGACAUUAAAGCUCUGCGUCUCAACAUGCCUUACAUUCGAGAUCUCGAGAACUGCAUCCAAUUCGGCACCCCGGUGCUCAUCGAAAACAUCGAGGAGGCUUUGGAUGCGAUCUUGGAUCCAGUUCUGCAGAAGGCGACCUUCAAGCAGGGCACACUCACCAUGGUAAGAUUAGGUGACUCCACAAUCGAGUGGUCCAAGGACUUCAAGCUCUACAUCACCACCAAGUUGCCCAACCCGCACUUCCCACCCGAGAUUUGUGUGGCAGUCAGCAUUCUGAACUUCAUGGCCACGCAGGAUGGCCUUCAGGAUCAGAUGCUUGGAAUCGUCGUGGCUGCGGAAGAGCCGGCCACCGAGGAGAAGCGAGUGAACCUGGUCAUCGAAUCAGCCAAGGCGAAGUCGCAGCUGAAGGAUCUGGAGGACAAGAUCCUCCAGCUGCUGAGCUCUUCAACAGGCAAUAUCUUGGAUGAUGAGGAACUUAUUGAGACUUUGUCCAGCUCCAAGAUCAUGGGCACCAAGAUCGAGGAGCAAGUGAAGCAGCAGGAGAUUACAGCUGUGCAGAUCGCGGAGGUCAGGCAAGUCUACAAGUAUCAUGCACUGCGGUGUGCUGCCCUCUAUUUCAUCAUCGGCGACCUAUGCAUUGUUGAUCCUAUGUACCAGUUCUCGCUGGAUUGGUUCAUCGCCAUGUUCAACCAGUCCAUCAGGAUGGCAGAGCCAAAGGAAAGCAAGGAUGAGCGCUUUGUGGAGCUGUUCCGCUCGUUCAUCGAGUUGCUGUUCGUCAUGGUCUGCCGCGGCCUCUUCGAAAAAGACAAGCUUCUCUACUCUGUCAUGCUCUGCCUGAAGUGCCAAGAGAUGGAGAAGGAGCUGAAGCUGAACGAAGUCAUGGCUCUGCUCACAGGCUUGCCGGGAAGCGCCAAGGAAGAGAAGCCAGCUGAUUCAGGGUGGCUCACGAUGGUGAGCUGGAAUCGAAUCAAUCAGCUGCAGACUCUGGGCGAUGUCUUUGAUGGAUUUGUUGGAGAGUUCUCGGCGAACAUCAAGCAAUGGCAGGAAGUAUUCGACAGCGACGUUCCUGCCGAAGUCGAGUGGCCCAACAACUUCAAGUUGAAGUGCAGUCCGCUCCAGAAAGCACUUCUCCUUUUUGCGCUCCGCCCAGACAGCACAGUCGGUGCCUUGAUGGCCGUGGUGCAGGAGAAGCUGGGUAAGUUCUUCCUGGAGCCACCUCCGCUGGACUUGGAGGUCUGCUACAAGGAUUCGACACCGUCUAUUCCGCUUAUUUACAUCUUGGCCUCGGGCAGUGACCCUAUGGCAGACAUCCAGAAGCUGGCCGAAGGGUUGGACAUGCUGGCGAAAAUCAAUCCCAUUAGCCUGGGACAGGGGCAGGGUCCAAAGGCAAUUGCUGGCAUCAACGAGGGCUCGCAGUCCGGAAAGUGGGUGCUUUUGCAGAACUGUCACUUGGCUCCCAGCUUCAUGCCAACGCUCGAGUCCAUUGUCGAGAAGUUCGACCCGGAGAGCAUGAACCAGGACUUCCGUCUGUGGCUGACGGCAUGCCCCUCACCGGCCUUCCCAAUCUCCAUUCUGCAGAUGGGUAUCAAGAUGACCAUCGAGCCACCAAAGGGUCUGAAGCAAGCAUUGCUGCGAGCAUACUUGGGCUUUGAUGACGAAUGGUUUGGCGAUUGCAAGAAGCUGCCGGAAUUCCACAAGAUGUUAUUCGGCCUCUGCUUCUUCCACGGACUCAUUCUGGAAAGACGCGGCUUUGGGCCUGUUGGCUGGAACGUUGCUUACGGUUUCUCAGAGCCCGACCGAGAAAUCUCGCGGCAGCAGCUUCGAAAUUUCUUGAACGAGUUCGAGGGAGUGCCAUAUGCUGCCCUGAACUACAUGGGCUCAGAGGCCAACUAUGGUGGCCGUGUGACAGACAACCAGGACAGGCGACUUAUCAUCACCAUCCUCCAGGAUUUCUACAACCCGAAGAUCUUGGACGAUGAUUACAAGUUCUCCAUUUCUGGCAUCUACUACGCGCCAAAGCACGCAGACACCUUGAGCGCCUACCUGGAGUUCAUUAGGUCGCUUCCAAUCAGCACGACCCCAGAAGUCUUCUGGCUGCACAACAACGCCAGCUUGACAGCAGCCAUCAACGAAGGGCUUUACGUCACAAAGGGCUGUUUGGCGCUAAUGAGCUCGUUCGGUGCAAGCUCUUCGGCUGAUGACGACGAAGAGGGGACCAAGGUGAAAACUCCGGAGGAAAAGUAUUCAGAGAUUGCGGGCGACAUUCACACGCGUGUUCCAGAGCCAUUCGACCUGGGACAUGCUCUUCGAACGUACCCCGUGCGCUACGACGAGUGCUUGAACACAGUCCUGCACAUGGAGCUCGGCAAGUUCAACAGGCUGCUGAACCGAAUCAAGGGCACAUGCAGCAACUUGAUCAAGGCAGUCAAAGGUUUGGUGGUCUUCUCACCAGAGCUGGAAGCCGUGGCCGAUGGAUGCUUGACGAACGCAAUUCCCUCCCCAUGGAUGGGAGUGUCCUACCCCUCACUGAAGCCGCUGCAGUCCUAUGUCGAUGAUUUCCUUGGUCGACUCAAGUUCAUGUCGAACUGGAUCAAGGACGGCAUUCCCUACAUGUUCUGGUUCUCGGCCUACUUCUUCCAGCAGGCUUUCUUGACGGGCGUGCUGCAAAACUUUGCGCGAACUGACAAGAUUGCGAUCGAUCGCUGCAUCUGGAAUUUCGAGGUCCUGAAGGCCGCCUUCAAGCCUGAGGAGUAUCCCAAGAAGGGUGCCUACAUCAACGGCCUCUUCAUGAGCGGCGCCCGAUGGGAUGACGACGCUAUGUGCGUAGAGGAUUCCUUCCCGAAGGUUCUGUGGGCGGAGAUGUCACCGAUCUGGUUGAAGCCAGUCGAAAAAGCGCAGGAUGAGCAUGACUACGACAAGCUUUACAAUGCACCUAUCUACAAGACGUCCGAGCGUAAGGGCGUGCUGUCCACUAGUGGUCACUCCUCCAAUUUCAUCAUGUACCUGGCCAUCCCACAUUCAUGCAACGGAACGCACAGUGAAGAGUUCUGGACGAAGCGCGGAGUUGCCCUCAUCUCCCAGCCAGAGCGAGUUUUCCUGGUGCCCUUCCCCAGGAUGGAUACCAAUCCACUUCGCGGACUCGAUUUGCGAAGACUCGAGGUGGCCGAAGGCUUCGGCCUGCUGUGCCGCUGCAUUGUAGGGUCGCUGAUGACCUCGCGGAGGAUCAGGCAAAACACGAGAUUCAUGGCCGUGUUCUCAAAGCCUCCGGAGAUGCCGGCGGAAGCCGAGGAGGUGAAAGAGGCCUGGAGGCAAAGUUUGCAAGGGAAGCGCCUUCCCGGCGUGCCAGCACACCUCAAGCUGAAUGUUCUCGGUAAUGAGGUCCGAAUGAUGUAUGCAGAGGAGGUGUGGGUUGCGGCUACAUUUCGCAAGGCAUGCCAGCGCUUCAGUGACGCGGCCUUGGGCAGCACCUGGGCGAAUAGCGCCCGGACAGCUGGAUGGAGACUGCAAGCUUGCGAGUCCUUCUGGCACGAGCUUGAGGAGCUAAAGAGCAAUGAAAGCCAGGGGGGAGAGGUGGUCAUGCUGUUCCACGACGCUGAGGGGCAGCCAGCAGAGGAGGUCCUGGAGGCUCUGAAGUCGUGCAAUUUGUCGCGGUUGGUCAUCCUUCCACAUACUGAAGAGAUGAACGCAGACCAGCGGGCCAAUCUCUGCAAACAGUUUCAGUUGCGCCGAGUAAGGCUUGGCUCGGAACAGCUGGCCCCUCCUCAAAGAAUUGUGGUGCUGAACUAUCUCAUCGACCGAAUUUGGCCGCCGGUGAGUAGCACAGACUCGGCGGAGUCAGAGCAGCGCGAAAGGAAGGAAGAGGAGUUGAGACGAUUGAGGGAGGAGGAGCUGAUGGAGGAACGACGCGUUGCAAGAGAGCUUCGUGAAAUUGAGGAGCGACACAGACGGGAACAGGCUGGGUUGGCUGCCAAGUCAUCAGCUGCCGCUCCAGAAGCCGCCAAGGCACCUGGGAGAGCACCAGUUCGGCGGCGAAGAAGCAAGGAUCCGGCCGGGCAAGAUUUUUCGCCAUCACGUGGAGGUGGGACCUACGACGGCAGCACUGCAGGUACAUGGGUAGACGGAGAGGAUCGUCGGCGCAGACGCAGACGAAGAAGACGAGAUGUCGACAGCACCACAGGUGGUGGUCAGGAUGGAUCUUGGCGUGCAUCCGAAAGGGACAAGAGGACCUGGGAUGAGAAUUACUCCAGCCUCAGCUUGCUGCCAGAUGGAAGGGACACCUCUUCACCUGUUCCUUGGUUAACAGCAAGCCCUCAGGACAACGAAGGUCCGGAUGGGCUGAGCACAGUCUUGGAGACUGGAGAAAUGAAACGAACAGAGGCGCGCCCAGCUCGUGGACGGCGACGGCGAGAGCGCCGAGACUUUCGAGAACGUGGCGACAGCUACGACGAAAACGAUACCUGGGAAAGCGCAGCGAACCGCAAAAGUCAGGAUGACAUGCAUCCGCAACGUGUGCCGGUGGCAGCUGAUGGAGCGAACUGGACGAGGGACCAGGAUGACGAACAACGUCGUCGACGAGGUCGCCCCCAGCCUCCAUUGGCACCUCGCCGGGAGAUGGGAACUCUAGAAGAGGUUCCCGCCCUUCCGAUACCGGCCGAAAAAGACAGGUCUCCGCAGCGGCCUACACAAAUGAUGUCCGAAGCAGAGCUGCGCCAGAUCCGCUCCCUUGUUCGCGUUUGCGAACAGCUUCUUCGGGAAAGAGCCGAAGAGAAGGAGAGGGAGGCGGAGCGGGCUCGCCUCAAAGGAUCACCCAAGCAUUCUCUGUCGCCGGCUGCUCGCAAGACGGACAGGCUGUCUCCCUCACGGCAUGGCGCCAGCAAGCAGGAAGUGAGUGAGGAAGCUCCGCGGUUGACGGGUGGAGCUGCCUUGGCAAGUGCACGAAGUCAGGCCACGAAGAACUCGCACACUUCUGGUAUUGGUGGCAGUGCCAAUCCUGCGGGAGAGGGAGGGGGCACAUCAGUCGGCGGGGCAUCUGACAUGCACAACUGGGGUGCUCGCGAAGAGCCAAAAGCUGGGCCCGGACCGAAAGGCGAUCCCGGCGAGUGGUCUUCGGAUGCCCUGAUGGAGCUAAUGCACGGGCACUCAAGGAUGGUUGGUGUUGAUGCAAGACUACCUGGAAUGGAUAUUCCUGAGGGCCAAGCAGUCUCUCAGUCCUUUCCCGUGGUUGCAUCUUCUGCCGCAGCUCCGAGCAGGGGCAGCGGAAACCCUAACAGCCAGAGCCGGAUGCCGCCUUUGUCUUCCUUGGCAGAGAGCCCCUUCACGAGCCCGGCUCGAGGAGUUGCGCUCAGGCGCUCUUCGAGAAGAGACUCGCGAGCAGGCCUCGGAGAUCCCAACAGUGUGUUCAGGAGUUGGGGUGGACGCAACCUUGCAUCUCCGCCACCAAUAAGCAGAGGGGGGCUGAAUGUGCAGGCUUCCUGGGAACCGCUUGGCUACGAUCAAGGUAGCCGACCUCAUCCUUUUCACAAGGGGUCGCGCCAUUCUGGUCACCGGGGGCCCGGGCAAGUACCCAUCGGCAUUAACCCUUCGAUCCAGGCACAAAGCGCCAUGCUGCGGGAGAUGUAUCCGAAUGUUGCUAUGGGAGGCCCUGGACCGGGUCCGUUGUCCUUGGCACCCACAGGCUAA